AGUGUGGCCAGAUUAGAGAAGUAAGAAGUGCGCUAGAGUCCAGAGAUGCAGCUUUGACUCGAGAGGGAAGUGACACACCACACACAGGUAGAUAAGGUUUCACUGUAAAUGUAUACACUUGAGUUACUCAACAUGUCACUGAAUCGGGAUAAUGAUCUGAACUUUGAGAGUUUUCUCCAGAAGAGAAAAGAUACUCUGAAAUUAAGAUGGGUGACAUAUUGGUUCAGACUACAAAACACCACCUUGUUCUUCUAUACACAAAAACAUGGAAGUGCUUUACACCUUAGAGGUCACUACUACAUUUACACAAUUCAGUCAGUACGAGAGGUCCAAAAUGAUGACAGUAAACGCUUUAUGUUUGAAAUCAUGAUGACCAGUGGAAAGAGGAAAAUGCUUGCAGCAGACACAGCCGCUCUCAGAAAAGAAUGGGUCAGAUACUUGUGGCAAGCCAUGCAUCUUUCAGCUUCUGGCCUUGGGACUACACACGCGAAGCGUGAAGCGUGUGAGCAACAGAACACAAACAUCAACAUCUACUCAGACGUGGAGUGUUUUGUAGAACCCAUACAUACCUCCAGGGGCCCUCCUGAUACUGAGCCAGAUUUUACAUGUCCCUCAUCAGAGGAACCAAUCUACCAAAACACAGACUUUUACCAGUCCAAAGGUAACAAUAGAGUAAAUGAAGAUACUAGACUGGAUGGAGUCUAUGAUGUUUUGCCUGCACGAAAUGUUUGUCAGAGGGUUGACCAAUCCACAUAUAACGACAAAGGGGAGUAUGACUGCCCAUUGUCUUACAGAAAACCUGCUGAUCAAGAAAGCCCCUAUGAUGUACCAAGUGCCUUUUUGAGGAAGUCAAGAGAUGACUGCAUAGAUCCUGAGGAUGGACCCUAUUGGAAAAUAUAAUAAGAAAGCAUACGAUUUAGUAUUGUACUUUUUAAGCUGUACAAUUGCACGGGUUCAAAUAUUUAUUAUACAAGCAAUGCUUCAAGUUACAAUAUUUAUUUAAGGACAUGUUCAAGACCACAACCAUGCAGCCAUUAUAACCAUUCACAAAAAUACACCACAGUUUGCAUUUACAUGUCAGGUUUGUUCACAGUUAAAACAUUUACAACAACCCUUUUAUUGCUGUUUCACUUUGGACUGGAAUGACAUUGAAAGAAAAUUACAUUUUUAUUUUUACGAUAGACACGUGAUUACUAAAUACAAUUCAUUUAAAUAGCUUAGUAUAUAUUCACACCUUUGCAUUAGUAUUUUCUCCAGACUUGAUAAAAGGAAGAUAGUUGUACAUUUAAUCAGUUUAAAUCUCAAACUGGGG